AUGGCGAAAGCUUUAAGCUCCAUCCAAGAAUUUAAGAACACUGAUAACCCAAUCGUAUGGUUCGAACGCUUUGAUGCCGUUUCUUUGAUUAAUAACUGGAAUGACCAAGAGAAAUUAUCUAUGCUGAAACUCAAAAUUCCAGAAACCACCACUUUAUGGAUCAGGAAAUUACCGUUGGAUAUUUUAGAGGACUUCGACACUUUAAAAGAAAAAUUUAUUGAAAAAUACUCAAAACAGGACGAUUGGAGAUCUAUCCAAGAUAUCUUCACCAAGGAGCAGAAUAACCUUACAGUACAAGAAUACUCAGACUACUUUCUAACAAAGGCAAGUCAAAUUGAUAUUGAAAUUGACGAUUUAAAAUUAAAAUUUAUUUGUGGACUCAAUGAAAAAACUCGAGCAGAUGUUAUAAAAUCGAAACCAACAACUUUUGACGAAGCUGUCGAAGCUGCAAAAACUUCAGAAGCAGCAAAUUAUUCGUGCACAUCAAACUCCGUGGCGGCGAUCAACCGAUCAAACGAAAAGCAUGAAGACGUCAAAGAAUUAACAAGAUGCGUCAAGGAUCUUUGCUCCGUAAUAGCAAAAUCGGAACAACAACAACAACAACAACAACAACAACAACAACAACAACAACAACAACAACAACAACAACAGCGACAAUGGUAUCCACAACAAAAACAAGCUGAACCUGAAUGGGACAUGUGGGACACUCCUCAACGUCAGCGUUGGAAUUCCCGUGCACCUGCACGCGGUGUUUUUACUGCAACAGAACUAAUCAGACUGAAGCGUACUGCUUUCUAA